AUGUUGAACCAAAAUCCGGGGUUAAAGGAUAUCGCCUAUAGCAUUACAGGAGGUGCUAUCAAAGCACAAGGGUACUGGAUGCCAUAUGCUUGUGCCAAAGCAGUAUGCGCAACUUUCUGUUACCAGAUCGCUGGAGCACUGAUACCCUUGUUUGGGCCCGACUUCCCAUCAGAAUGCAUCUCGCCUGGCGAGCCACGAUACGGCAUCAUGAUCAUCAAGCCAGAGCUGAUAAGCGAUACAAUGAGGAAAGCACAAGAGCUGUAUCACAGAUACGGCAACUGGGGCGGGGGUUGCACUUCAUCACCGCCUGCCAGACGUCCGCUUCGGACUGUCUCCUCUCGGCCUGAAGAACGUCAUCACUAUCAGCCUUACCCCAACCAAGAUCACCGAGACCGCCAACAGCAACAGCAAAGGGUAGGGCGUUCUAGAAGAGGCUUCUUUGAAGAGAGCUCUUGCGUAGAUAAUAGGCCGCAGCUGCGUGGUAUCUCGGCGCCGAUGACACCAGCUAACGAGUGGGCAUCACACCCGCCGCGGUCAAGUGCCGGACCUUGUCCUGCUAUUUCGACAUCGACACACCCCUCUUUCUCGUAUCCUGAAAGGACACCUCACCGUUCAGCAUGGACAGCGGUAAACCACCAACCCCCAAGCAACUCCCUCGAUCGGUAUUCACUCAAGCGCCCACUUCCCUCGAGUGAGCCUGACGAGUCAGUAUUGCAUUCGGAUUGGUCACCCCGUAGCCAAGCUCCCAACCCAUGGCUUACUGCCAUUCCACGCUCUCCUCAGAGAACAUCCUCCUCCCCGUGGACUUCUCAACCAGGCAGCGCCAACAGGAGCAGAGCCGGCAGCAUCAGCAGCAUGGCCAGUCAACACCCACAGGGCUUGCCAUCUCCUUCUUCAAUCUUACCCUCGCCCUCAUCUUCCAUGAUAUCACUUGCAUCAUCUAACGCUUCAAGCCCGAGACCUCAGCUACCCCCCAUCUCCAAACUCUGCUCACUGUCCGCGACUGGUCGGCGAAGGCUUCCUAAUGGGAGGCCUUCCCGAGUAGGAGGUGAGGAGACCACCCAUGCUCGUGACGGACACACCCGCGGCGUUUAUCAAUUCUCCGCUGGAUACCAAAGAGCACUCACUCCCCCUUCAACAACACCAGUGAUGGAUUGGAGGAGCCAAAGGAGGCCAGCCCUACAGCACCAGCAUGAGCAUGAGCACAUACAAGACAGCCAACAACCAAGACGGAUAGCAGUAGAGGCAAACAUGGAUGGUGGCGACGACAACGAAGCAAAUUCCGCACACCCACCACUAUCUAGGACUCCUUCCUCAACUUCCAUUGUUACCGCAAACACAAGCAAUAGCAACAGCAACAUCAAUCGUACUGCCAGUGGUGGUCGUGAUGACGGGCAAACGAGCCUCGCUGCUCGCAAGACAGCGGCUUUGACACUGUUGCAUUUGAGGCAGCAGGAGGAAGAAAAGGAGGCUGCUGCUGCUGCUGCUGCUGCUGCUUACUCCUCUACCAAACGAACAGAGUCCCCUUCAUCUUCUCUGUCAUCACCCGUCUCUCCCCCACCCACUUCUGGGCAACCAUCGCCUACAUUAUCUGCUAUGGCCACUACAACUACUUCGAGAGGAGAUACUGCCGCUACUACUGCUACUACUACUGCUACUACUACUGCUAUUACUGAUACUACCGAGCCAUCGGCACCACCUCCCUCGCCCAGUAGUCAUUACCUAGGUUCACCUAGUUCUAUUGCUUCAUCUUCUUCUCCUUCUUCACAAUGUGGUAGUACUAGGGAGAACUCCGUCGUUGCAAAUGAGAGGCCUAGGUAUGAUGGGCAAGAUGCUGGUGCUGAUGCUGCUGGUCCGCGUCACUGCGAUGGCGAUGCUGAUGAUGAGGAUGAUUACGAGCACGAGCAACACAGGAGGAAGAGGAGACGGUUGUUAGUCAUCGGGAGGGCAAAGUCGUUCUAG